AUGGUGAAUGUAGAAACGAUCAGAAUCAUUGUAGGCAUUAUCGGUAAUGUCAUCUCUUUCUUUUUGUUCACCUCCCCAUUCCCAACAUUUGUGAAAAUAAUCAAGCAAAAAUCAGUAGGAGAAUUCAAGGCGGAUCCUUAUGUAGCAACAUUGCUCAACUGUGCUAUGUGGUGUUUCUAUGGCAUGCCCUUUGUCCAUCCUGAUAGCGUUCUUGUCAUUACAAUCAACGGCUGUGGAUUCGUUAUCGAACUCAUCUACAUUGCCAUCUUCUUAACAUACUCUUCUAACGCAAAACGCCGAAGGAUCCUUAUUGCUCUUCUGGUUGAAGUUAUCUUCUUUGCUGUUGUGGUUUUCGUCACCCUGCACUUUUUCCAUACCACUAAAGGCCGGUCUAUGAUAAUUGGCAUCUUGUGCAUUGUCUGCAACAUCAUUAUGUAUGCCUCACCCUUGACAAUCGUGAAAAUGGUCAUCAAGACAAAAAGUGUGAAAUAUAUGCCGUUUACCCUCUCUCUUGCUAACUUAUGCAAUGGAAUUGUCUGGCUCAUCUAUGCACUCAUCAAAUUUGAUCCCUACAUUUUGGUUCCCAAUGGUUUGGGAUCAAUUUCUGGGUUGGUGCAGCUCAUCCUAUAUGCCACCUACUACAAGACCACCAACUGGGAUGAGGAGGAUGAAAAGCCGAAAUCUGAGGUUCAACUCUCAAAUGUUUAGAAACGUGAAAGAGGCUCUUGUUGCUUCAAUUCUUGAACUUUCUUAUGUCCAACCAAUUCUUGAGAUUUAUUCAUUUUUCUUGUUUACAACCCACAUCAAUACCACUUGAGCUAUACAGACUACAGCCUAGUGAAUUCCCAAAUUUUGAGGGAAUUAUAAUUUUCAGCCGUGGUCAUAAGAAAUAAUUUAUUUUUUUCCC